CCGAGAGAAGGCAGGGAAGGCUUUUUUGGUACUGGAAGAAUUGAAACUGUGGCUGUUUCCACCUUUAAACUGGUGCAAACUGGGCCAGAGGAAUUCUCUGAAACUUGCAUCAUGGCCAGGAAGAAAAGCAAGCAGCAAGGAGUGGGGAAUAAGGAGCUGGUCACUGGACAGCAGAGCCUAUCGAAGAACCCCGUCUCUCCCGGCGAUGCAGCUGGCGGUGGUGGCGGCGGCGGAGAUGCGGGACUGGAAAGACUGGCCAGAGCGAAUCAGCCCCUCCCGCUGUCCUCCGGCCAGUCCAUGCAUACCUGCUGCCUGCUGUGCCACCGUGAGUUCAAGGACUGGGGGGCGGGCCCGGCCAACGGGCUCCCCGGCCACGGAGCCAAGCUGGCCGACGCCGUGCCUCCCCUGUCCCAGGCCCUGCUGCGCGAGGUGCCGGGCCGCAAGCUGGCUGACGCCGUGCCGUCGCUCUCGCAGUCGCUGCUGGGCGAGGUGCCGCUGUGGAUCUGCCAGAGCUGCCGCAAGAGCGUGGAGGAGGAGGAGAGGCGGGCGACGCAGGAGCAGACCCUGCCGGUUCCCUUGUCGCACCCCUCCUCUUGUAAGUCCCAGGGCUGUGGGAAUGGCUACCCAGAGCCGAGCUCGGUGGAGUGGGACCCCAGCUCCUUCCUGUCGGCCCACAAGCUCUCCGGUCUCUGGAAUUCAGCCCAUACCAAUGGAGGCGGGCACUGUAACCAUGGCGCCACCUCACACUCGCAGCAAGGGGGAUUGGUGGGACCAAUAUGCCACGAUAAAAGAACCUCACAUGAGGCUCCCGGGAAAUCCGCCAAGCCAUCUGGGGCUAAGGUCUGUCCUUACAGUCAUCCGGCGUCCCAGAAUUCCAGUAUGACGUCUUCGGGCUCCUCGCUCUCCACCGCUUCAGACCUCUGCAAGACCACCCCUAAGCACUUCAAGACCAUGUGCCGGCGACCAACUCCUCCAGGUGAGGCGUUCCACUCCAGUGACCACCAUCAACACUCGGAGCUGGCGGUCCCGCCCAACAGUCCCACGGGGCUGUCUUCCCAGCAUUCCUCUCUGCUCCCCCCAAAGCAGGCACCCAGUCAGCACGUGCACGGGACCUCCCCUGGAGCCGGCCUGGCGGCGCACGCCCCCUUCACCCCCCUGGUACCCAACCUCCACGUGCCCGUAUCCAAGCUGGCGACGGGGCCCGACAGCUCCGCCUCCCUGCACAAGCCGGGCGCGUGCAAGAACUCCCACAUUCCUGCUGUCAACACGCAACACGCUAAGCUGGGAGCCGCUCCAACGGGGUGCAGCCACCCCUGCAACGGGCACAGCAACGGGACUGUCACCUCUUCCACCACAGGGCACCUCUCCACAGGGGCCUGCAGGGACCAGGCGUGUAAAGGACACAAGCUGGCGAACGGGACGGUGUGCCACCCGCCGUGCGAGCUGGAGGAGGGCGAGGACGAGGACAGCAGCUCGGAGCGCAGCUCCUGCGCCUCGUCCUCCACCAAUCAGAAGGACGGGAAGUACUGCGACUGCUGCUACUGCGAAUUCUUCGGCCACAACGCGCCCCCGGCAGCGCCCACGAGCCGGAACUACGCGGAGAUCCGCGAGAAGCUCCGCUCUCGGCUCACCCGCCGCAAGGAGGAGCUGCCCCAGCGGCAGGACUCGGACCCGGCCGUGCCCAGCGCCAUCGACCACCGGGACGUGGACGAGCUGCUGGACUUCAUCAACAGCACGGAGCCCAAGCCUGUGAACAGCGCCAAGGCCGCCAAACGCGCCCGCCACAAGCAGAAGAAGAAGGAGAAGGAGAAGGCUGCGCAGGGCAGUGCAGAGGCGUCCAGCGCUGACCCCCACGCGUCCCCCCCAGAGUCCCUGGAGGAGGCGGCCAGCGCGGUGGAAGGGGACGCCAGCCGCCUGCUGGAGUGGCCGCAGCUGGAGCUGGAGCGGGUCAACAGCUUCCUGACCAGCCGACUGGAGGAGAUCAAGAACACCAUAAAGGACUCCAUCCGGGCGUCCUUCAGCAUGUACGACCUCAACCUGGACGUCAACGACUUCCCCAAGAAGGCCGCCACCCUGGAGGGCAACCACCUGCUUUCCCACCUCAACGGCACGUCGGACCUGCAGCAGAUCGACCUGGACCUGUCCCCGCUCACGCUGGGGAGCUUCAAGAGCCACCUGGUCAACGGGUGGGAGGACCCCGCCCCCGCCCAGGCCGGCCAGGACAUCCAGCGCCUGCACGCCACCCCCAGCCUCUCCAAGCUGAUCCGCGUGCGCUCGCCCGAGAGGGGCACCAUCAGCCAUCCGGCGCCCACGCUGCCGGGACAGGGCGCGGCACCCUCCGCAAAGUCCCAGGACGAAGCCCCCGAGCCCAAAGCCCCGGCUGCUCCUGCCGGUAAGACCAAGAAGAACAAGAAGCAGCAGCAGCAGCAAGACCCAGCGCAGCCUCAGGAGCAGCAGCCAGCCAAGGUCCUCAAGACCGCCCCAGGGAACGAGUCACAGAGGAGCAAAGAGUGCCAGGCCAGGACGCCCGCUUCAGGGAGCAGCUCCAAAUCUGGGUCCAAGCAGCCUUCUCAGUGCCAGCUCCCUGCAGCAGGGAAGAGGCCUGAAGAGUCUCACAGCGGAGCCCCCGCCGCUGGAGGCUGCAAGCAGGCGGAGAGGAGUGAGACAGCCCAGGGGGGCACCAAGCUAACCAGGGUGGACCAAGAGCCUGAGGCCAAGGGCCCCUUCAUCACCUCUGCUAGCUCCCAGCAGCCCAAGGGAAAGAGCAAGAAGAGCAAGAACAAAGUGGACAAGGCCAACAGCUCCAUUGAUGACGUGUUUCUCCCCAAAGACCUGGAUCCUACCGAAAUGGAUGAGAUCGACCGAGAGGUUGAAUACUUCAAGAGAUUUUGCCUGGAUUCUGCUAAACAAACCCGUCAGAAGGUGGCUGUGAACUGGUCCAACUUCAGCCUCAAAAAGGUUCCUUCCAAUGCAGCUCAGUAAUGGACAGGGGGGACAGGAAGGCCAGAGAGUCGAAGCUUCCUGAUACCACCUUGCUCUGUCCAAAAACCAGAACUGGCCAGAAGCCUCCACCUUGAUACAGAUCCCCCCCACCUUCCUCUUCCUUCACCAAGUCUCUGGACACCCAGAGCGACCUUUGCCUGUCCAGGGCUUGACAUUUCCCUGGCCUGUCCUGGGCCGCUUUCUGCCACUGGGACACCACCUGCUCAUAACCAGAGGUCUACUGCUGGCCCCACCUUCACCCCCCAACUGCCUGUCAGUGCUCCUGGACUGUCACUGUCCAUUAGAUAGCACCACAUAAUGUAUCUGUCAAUGGUUACAGAUCCACUUCCCCUCCUCACACUCUGUGUGUACUCUGUAAACAGUUACUUUAUUAUUAAAAUUCAAUUUUUAUUGCCAGUGUGGCACAUUUUUAACACGUCAACAGUUGCUGACAGUUAAUUCAUUCCAAGU